CGCAGCCCGGGGCGGACUGCAAGAGAGCGGCAACACCGGGGAAGGGGAAGAUGGCGGACGGCAGCGGUAAACUGAAGGGGCUGCGGGAUCAGAUGGUCGCAGCAGCACAAGCAAUAGCCGAUGAGCGCAGAAGCCAAACAGGAACCAGCCCCGUCCCCGUUCCUUCCUCAGUCAGCGUGAAGACGGCUAAGCCAGUAAUUGAUGGCUCAGCUCUAAGAACAGAUGAGAGGCAAAGAUUAGCUCGGGAACGCAGAGAAGAGAGAGAGAGGCUGAACGCUGCCAAAGAAAAAGAAUUACUUGAAAAAGAAAAAAAGGCAAAGCUUCAGUAUGAGAAGCAAAUGGAGGAGAAGCAGAAGAAACUGGAGGAGCAGAAGCUGAAGGAUGAGCAGAAGAGAGUCGCAGCAGAAGAUAAAAGAAAGCAGAGAUUACUGGAAGACAAGGAACGUCGGGAAGCAAAUGUUAGGCGAACUCUUGAGCGCAGCAGUUAUCUGGACCAAAGGCAGAAACGAUGGUCUUGGGGAGGAUCAGCAGAAGGAGACAAACAUGGUGCUUCGGGAAGUAGUUCUCCCAGCCAAGUAGAUUUAAUAGGCAAAAAUGCUUCCACCACAGAGCCACAGCUUGAAGAUGAAAGUGGAUCUGGCGCAGCAAAUGUGCGUUCCACAUCAGCAUCGAACCUAAGGCAGGCCGACGGCAGCAUUCACAAGCGCCUGUCCUCUUCAUCUGCCACCCUUGAAAAAGGUACCAAGCAGAGGAGUUCUUCCUUAAGCAGGCUGAGUAACAAAACUCCUCUAAGUCCACAGCCCUUCUCGCCUAAAGUGUCAAACCAGGAGCAGAAAGGCGGAACAGGCCAGAAGAGAAGCUCUUCCCUCAGUAGGCUGAGUAGUAAAAAAUCACCUCCUGCGCAUCUAGAGGGCGCGAAAAAGGAAGAAAAAACAGCUCACCGCCCCCCGAGCAGUCCCCUGGACAGUAGUUUAAUCAAUCGCCUCCUCGCCCCCACUCAGUCUUCCCUAGCUAGGAGUAAGAGUGCUGCCACAUUGUCAGCCGAUGGAAAAGAAUUGCCAGAAUCUCACCUCUGUCCUCGUUCAGCUUCAGCCACUACCACCAGUACCCCACCCUCCGUCUCUAAAGGUCCCAUGCGCAGCCGCAGCAUUGACAGAGCGAAGACUCCUAGUACGGCAGCAUCGGGUUCUGCCACUUCGGAAGUUAGCCAGAAGUCAGGCCUCGACAAGCCUUCACCACCGUCUGUGGGGAAACGGCCAUCCUCUCCUUCUGUAACUUCACGGCGAAGAUCUCCUUCCCCUGCUGGCGCAACAAAGCAGGCUCCAUCACCAACGCUAGAAAAAAGGAACAGUAGUUCUAUAACACAACGGACCCGUCCGCCAUCUCCAAGUUUAACGAAGCAGAGACCUCCUUCACCGACACUGACUCAAAAGCCAGCUCCAAUCCAGCGUCCAUUGCUCACACCAUCUGUCUUGAGCACUACCAAAAAGACUGCUGAACCAGAGACUAAACCAAAGGAGAAAUGUACAGAUAUGACGAGCUCUGAACCCAAAACGACACAGACCUCAGAGAAAGAAGCAGCAAGUUCAAAGACCAAAGAUGAAUCGAGUAACAAGACUAUUUCAGGGAGCACCACUCCUGAAGAAGCUGCUAAAAUAUUAGCUCAAAACCGUCGCCUUGCAAGGGAGCAAAGGGAGCGUGAGGAGCAAGAGCGAAUUCAAAGACAAGAAGAAGAAAGGAUAAAACAGGAAGAAAUGGCUCUUAAGGCAGAAGAGGAGAGACUAAGACUAGAAGAAGAAACAAAACUAUUGGAGGAGAAGCGAAGGCUGGAAAGAGAGGAGGAACAAAGACUAGCUGAAGAGGAAAAGAUACGCAGAGACCAAGAAGAACAGGAGCGACUGGUAGAGCUUCAGCAACAGAGAGAAGAAGCAGAAGCCAAAGCUGUUGAAGAAGCUGAGAAACAAAAGCAAGAACGGGAAAAAAUCAUGCAACAAAAUAUGCAGGAAAGACUGCAGAGGAAAAAGAGAAUUGAAGAAAUAAUGAAGAGAACUAGAAAGUACGAGCAGAAUGAUGUUAAGAGCGAAGACAGAUCUGAAGACGAUGAGGACACCGGCGAUGUAGAGAAUAAUCAACAAGGAUCAGUCAGUGAAGAUGACCUUUGUGAGGAUGCGGAUACACCCUGCGAAAUGGGAGAAGAAACAGCUUCUCAGGAUUUGUUGUCCCAGAAAGCUGCACUGGUGGAAAAAGAGGAAUUAUUUAUUAAUGGGGACCAGCCAGACACUGGGGAGAAGAUUAAUGGACACUCACCAGACGCUGCACCCCCACUAGAGUCCAGUCAACCAACAGAGGACAAAGCUGUAGUGAGCCAAGAUGAAAUGCAUCUUAAUAAAGAUAACACUUGUGAUACCGUACCAAAGCUGAAUGGAAAAUCUGCAACGUGGACAUUUGAGGAAAUAAUUGACUUGGGAAUCCAUUCCAAGCCUAGCAAUUUGUCUGAUUCCAUUGCUAUGGAUGGCUGUGAUCAGGGCCUCAUCGAAGCUGCUACAAUUCCCCCAAAGUUAGCUUUUGAAGAAGGACAAAUGAAUUCUUUGUAGGCAACCAUUGAGACUGCUGCAGAGACGUGACGUCUGCGCAGCUCUCCUCCUGUUAUUGCACUUCGCUCUCCAGUAUUUUUAAUAAAGCGCUGAAGCCUUGUUGUUAAAAGCUGCUACUUCAACAUAUUACUUAGAGAUGCAGAAAUCAUCCAGCAAGAGAAGAAAGGAAGGCCGCACAUUGUCACUUCUUUAGGGCGUCCACGUUGGGCAGUUACACAGGGUCUCGGACAUAGUAGUCCUUCUUCUGUUAGGUCUCAUGCAGUAACUUAUUGUAGUCUCGUUAAUGUCCUUUUUAAUGCCUUUUAGGUUUUCUGUACUAGCACUUACAAUGGUAAUGCCAUUAACAUGAGCAUGUUACAGCUAACCCUCGUAGAGCUGAAAUCUGUUACACUUUCAGCGUCGUAUUGGGUGCUGUCAUGAAUUCUCCCAUCACUUGAUAAGUUUGUUAUUACAGAUGUCAUUGUUUAAUAAUGUUCACGAAGGCUAUAUUCGCACGACUGUGAAAACCGGAUGUCACAUGACCAUUUUGGGAACAAUGGUAGUCUAUGGGUUUAUUUACACAGCCCAUGAAUAACGGCCGUCAGAGUAUAGACAUGUCCUGUUUUUGUCCAUUUCAUACCGGACUGACAGUCCCCGUACAAGUGAAGGGGACUGUUUUUUUUAAUGGAUGUUUCUCAGAAAGUCAUCAGUGGGGGAAAAAACUGCAAAGCGGUUUUUAACAGCUGUUCCCCCACUGAUGCCUUUCUGAUAAACCUGUCAUCAUAUGAAUGUAGCCUAAUUUGGGUGAGGCUCUUCUGCACAGAUCUGUGUUUGUGGUUAAAGGAGUCGUCCCUGAUCAGAAGGAAAAAAAUAUAUAAAAAAUCUUUUUCCUCUAAAAGCACGCCAUUCUUUUCCAUGUGUCAGUUCAUUUUUACAUGACUGAAGAUGAUCAGACACAUUCCAUGGACAAGAGGGCCACUUAGUAUAAAAAAAAUAAAAUAAAGUUGACUCCUUUUUCUAAUUCCGUACAACUCCUUUUAAAUCCUAACAUUUGGGUGUCGUAGAGGCUGUAGUGAUGUCCGGAUGCAUGGAUGGGCGUCUUUCUAGAAUAACGGUUUGGUUCACAAUAUGUUUGCCACUGUGUAAAAGCGACGGGACUCCUACCGGUUUUCCGCGACUUUGUUCUUGUCAUGAUUUUUUUU